AUGGUUAUAAGCGACCAUUGCCCUCUUCUGUUAACUUUAGCUGAUGUUAAUUUUGGCCCAAAGCCUUUUAAAUGGUUCAAUUCAUGGCUAGAAAGAGAUGGUUGUGAAAAUGUGGUUAGGGGCGCUUGGGAGAAAAGUAUUGAUUCGGGGGCUUCAGAUGUGACGUUUCAAAGGAAGUUACUUGCUGUUAGGAGGGAUUUGAAGGAGUGGUGGAAUAAAGUGGGUAAAAAAGAAGAUAAAGAUAUUAAUUUUCUUAAACAAGACAUUGCGGAGUUAGAGAGGUGUACGGAGGAGCGGGGUCUUGAGGAGGAGGAAAUAUGGGUUUGGGAGGAGAGUAAAAAGGAUCUGGAGAAUCUUAUGUGGUUUAAAAAUCGGGAUUUGCAUCAAAAGGCGAGAGUUAAAUGGGCUUUGUCGAGGGAUGAGAAUUCGGCUUUCUUUCAUAGAUGUAUUAAAGGAAGAAAGGCAUCUAAUGCCAUUCCGGGGUUGCUUGUCCCCACGGAGAAGGUAGAUGAAUUGAUGGCGCCUUUUACUAAAGAAGAGAUCAAAGAGGCAGCUUUUGAUUGCGGUGCUGACAAGACGCCGGGCCCGGAUGUGCUGGUGGGAUUAAAAGAUUACAGGCCGAUCAAUCUUAUUGGAGUUAUUAGCAAGAUUAUUUCCAAGGUCAUUGCAGCGCGAAUUAAAAAGGUGAUUGGGAAGGUGAUUUCUAAUUCUCAAUCAGCUUUCAUAAAGGAAAGAUUUAUUUUAGAUGGGCCUUUAGUCCUUAACGAAAUCAUUGGAUGGGUUAAGAAAAACAGAACACAAGUUUUUCUCCUGAAAAUUGAUUUCGAAAAGGCCUACGACAACGUGAAUUGGGAGUUUUUACUCUCAAUUAUUAGUCAGAUGGGGUUCCCCUCGAGAUGGUGUAUGUGGGUUAAAGGUAUUCUCCAGUCGGCUAGAUCAGCGGUGCUUGUUAAUGGGUCUCCUACUUUUGAGUUCCAAUGUCAUAAGGGUCCGAGACAAGGAGACCCAUUAUCUCCAUUUUUAUUUCUUAUAGUUAUGGAGGCUUUGGCUUGUAUGAUUUCUAAAGCGUGUAGAAUUGGUGAAUUUGAAGGGGUUAGAAUUUAUAAUGGAGGGUCAAUUGUUUCUCAUACGUUGUAUGCGGACGACGCUUUAUAA